UUUAUAACUCUCACUCCGCUCUAAUUCUUUCGGAAAACGACAAACACUCUGCUCUAAUGACGGUUCUUCCGACAUGGAUUUUAGCUACGAUGUGUCUAUUCUUCUUCGUCGGAGCAAUGGAGAACAAAACACACGACAAGAUCUCAUCUCUCUCCAACCGACAAAAUUAGCAGCAGAACCAGGAUAAUUAAUAACUUGAGCCAUUGAAUUUUGUUCUGCGAUUCAGAUCUAACGCGAUCUAGACCGUACAUUCCGCUUUUUAGCUUGCAUACACGCAUGAGUCAACGCUAUUGUAUCGGACCAAAUCGAAUGGAACAAACACGCAGUGACGAAUCCAGAUGAAGUAGCGGACGAAGUUCUCGCCUUGGCUGAAAUGAGUGUAAGAAACCAUACCGAGAGGAGGAAGCUGGGUUACUUUACUUGCGGAACAGGCAACCCCAUCGACGAUUGCUGGCGUUGCGAUCGCAACUGGCACAAGAACCGCAAACGCCUAGCGGACUGCGGAAUCGGGUUCGGAAGAAACGCGAUCGGCGGUCGCGACGGGCGUUUCUACGUGGUCACUGACCCAAGUGACCACGACGCUGUUAACCCUAGACCGGGUACAUUACGUCACGCCGUGAUCCAAGACCGACCGCUAUGGAUCGUUUUCAAACGUGAUAUGGUGAUUCAGCUAAAACAAGAGCUCAUCGUUAACAGCUUCAAAACCAUCGACGGACGUGGCGCAAACGUUCACAUCGCUAACGGCGGUUGCAUAACGAUUCAGUUUGUGACGAACGUUAUAGUCCAUGGAUUGCAUAUUCAUGACUGUAGACCGACCGGGAACGCUAUGGUGAGAAGCUCGGAGACGCAUUUUGGGUGGAGGACGAUGGCGGAUGGUGACGCGAUUUCGAUUUUUGAGUCGAGUCAUGUUUGGAUUGAUCACAACUCGUUGUCUCAUUGCGCUGAUGGGCUUGUGGAUGCAGUCAUGGGCUCGACGGCCAUUACCAUCUCUAACAACCACAUGACUCACCACAACGAGGUUAUGUUGCUCGGACAUAGUGAUUCUUAUACGAAGGAUAGAGCUAUGCAAGUUACCAUAGCUUAUAACCAUUUUGGGGUCGGACUUAUUCAAAGAAUGCCAAGGUGUCGACAUGGUUAUUUCCAUGUCGUGAACAAUGACUACACUCACUGGGAGAUGUACGCCAUCGGUGGAAGCGCAAACCCGACAAUUAACAGUCAAGGAAACCGCUACGCCGCUCCUAAAAAUCCUUUUGCUAAAGAGGUGACAAAGAGAGUGGACACACCGGCGAGUCACUGGAAAGGAUGGAACUGGAGAUCGGAAGGAGACUUGCUUCAGAACGGAGCUUACUUCACUUCUUCAGGAGCCGCUGCAUCUGGCAGCUACGCACGUGCAUCUAGCCUCGCCGCUAAAUCUUCUUCAUUGGUUGCAACCAUUACUUCUGACGCUGGAGCUCUACCUUGUCGCAGAGGUAGUCAAUGUUCCUCGUAGUUGUUUUUAACCUCCUCCCAACGUACCAUUACCCCCAAAAUUUAAAACCAUCUCCCAUUAUAUUCAGACAAAAGUGUACAUUCUCACACGUUUGUCAUGUAAAAUCAUUUUUUUGUUUGUGUGUG